AUGUAUUCAAAGUUUGUAAGCGCCUCUCAGGCUUCCUGGACAUCCACGCUCAAAGGCAACAUGCGAUGGAUGGCUCCUGAGCUUCUUGGAGAGCGGGAGGAUGGGUCUCAAGCUCGGCCAAGCGCGCAGAGCGACAUGUAUUCAUUUGGCGGUAUCAUGCUGCAGGUCCUCACCAACAAAGUACCCUAUUAUCACCUCACGAAUGAUGCCGCCAUCAUACUUUGCAUAGCCAAGUCGCAAACGCCUUCCCGAUAUCGUUAUCCUGAGCUCCCUGAACAAUACUGGCAAUUUAUCGAGCAAUGCUGGUCUACUCAUCCUUGGAACCGUCCCUCGACGGAGGGAGCUGACACUGCGAUCAGCAAUGAAUUUGACUCGUUGUCCAGACCUAGUUGAUUCUUGCACUGUCUCGCAUUCAGGAAUCUUUUUACAGUACAGCCAGACAGAUAAACCUAGGCACACCUGUAUAGUAAACGUAGGCUCACCCCAAGAUGAGUCAUUGGAGUCGACAAAACAAUUAUCCUGUUCGCAAAUUCUGCGACAACCAAAUUCAGCAUGCAGGCGAGCACUGGUCUGACUGA